CAGGGAGGUUCAGCACCGCUCCCCGCCGCGGGUGCCAUAAUCUGCUGACUCGGCGGAAUCGUUUCGCCUCGUUUGGUUGUUUUCCUUCUGCAUUUUAUUUUCGUUCCACGAAAAAUUUACGCACCCCCCUGGACCGUGUGAACGGUCCCGCGCCGAGGCAGGCUCUCUGGGUGGGCCCAUCCUGAGUCACCCUCGAGCGCUCUUCCUUGCCGUGGCAGCCGCGCCACUUCGGGGAGGCAUAAAAAGCCUGCGGCGGGGGCUGAGGCGGCACCCCCGAGCGCCCUCCAGCCCCCGAGCGCAAGAUGGGCCGCCAACUGCUCUGCGCGUCCUUUCUGCUUCUUUCCCUCCUCGUCGUUCUGGUGUCCUCGGCCGAGAACGCCUCGCCCACCCGGGUUGCCUCUGUGCCUGAGGAGCAAAGGUGUCAGUGUAUCAGUGUGACCUCUGUGUUUAUCCCAUUUAAGACUAUUUCUUCUGUACAUUUAAUUUCUCCCAGACCAGGUUGCAGUCGUCUUCAAGUCAUAGCCACCUUGAAGAAUGGGAGGUCGGUCUGCCUGGAUUCAGAAGCCAGAUGGGUCAAGGUCAUUAUCCGUGUCAUGAUGAGCAAGGCAAAUGACUAACAAGCUAUGGAAAAUGGAAGUACUUAAUGGAAGAUGGGAAAGAGAAAGGAAAAAAAUUGCUAGAAAAUUGCAUAGAAGAAGCAAGAGCUUUCUGCCUUUAAUGAUUUUAAAAGGAACUUUCAAACACUGCUUUCUUGCCUUUGUACUAUCAUACAUUAAAUGUAUAGCAUUU